GCAGUGUUUUGCCGUAGCCUUCUUCACCGCUUAGUCGUCAGUUUUGACGGAAAAGACCUCCCUACUUACCUCCCACCUUCGCUUCUUCCUCCCCUCUCCAUAUAUAUCCUCACCUGCUGAAAUCCCACAGAUAGAGAGGGAGAGAGAGAGAUCCUUCCAUAUAUCUAUCCUCACCUGCUGAAAUCCCAGAGAGAGAGAGAGAGAGAGAGAGAGAGAGAGAGAGAGAUGAAGAGCCGGAACAACGAGAGAGUAUCGGCGACAUGGAUUCUCAUUCUCUGCAUAUUAUGCUUCGCUCUCGGAAUGCUGUUUACAAACAGGGUAUCGGCCCCACCAGAAUCGAAUAAUCAGAUCAUCUCGCGGCAGAGGAAAGAGCAGGAGCUACUGGUGGUCUCUGAGGAACGUGAGACGAAGAGGACUCUUGGGAAAGAUAAAGAUAUUAUGGGGGAGGUUUUCAAGACCCAUGAAGCAAUUCAAUCUUUGGACAAGACAAUUUCCACGCUUCAGAUGGAGCUGGCUGCUGCUCGGAGUUCUCAGGAGAUGGUGGGCCUUGGCAAUUCUCCUGUAGCCUCGGACUCUCGUGAGGCCACGAGGAAGAAGGCAUUCAUUGUGAUUGGAAUUAAUACCGCCUUUAGCAGCAGGAAGAGGCGGGAUUCAGUCAGAGAGACUUGGAUGCCUCAAGGAGAAAAGCUCCAACAACUCGAGCGAGAGAAGGGAAUUGUCGUUCGGUUCAUGAUUGGCCACAGUGCUACAUCCAGCAGCAUUUUAGAUCGGGCAAUCGAUUCAGAAGAGGCUCAGCACAAUGACUUUCUUAGGCUGGAGCAUGUUGAAGGGUAUCAUGAAUUAUCUGCAAAAACAAAGAUCUUUUUCUCUACUGCAGUUGCCAAAUGGGAUGCGGAGUUCUACGUCAAGGUGGAUGAUGAUGUUCAUGUCAAUUUAGGUAUGCUAGCUGCAACUCUUGCCAGACACAGGUCAAAGCCCAGAGUGUACAUAGGGUGUAUGAAAUCUGGACCAGUUCUUGCACAAAAGAAUGUCAAGUACCAUGAACCUGAAUACUGGAAAUUUGGAGAGGAAGGUAACAAAUACUUCCGGCAUGCAACUGGGCAGAUUUAUGCUAUCUCAAAAGAUUUGGCUACAUACAUAUCAAUCAAUCGGCCGAUUUUACACAAGUACGCGAAUGAAGAUGUGUCGCUUGGUGCUUGGUUUAUUGGAUUGGAAGUCGAACAAAUUGAUGAUCGGAACAUGUGUUGCGGAACUCCGCCUGAUUGUGAGUGGAAGGCACAAGCAGGGAAUGUGUGUAUUGCAUCCUUUGAUUGGAGUUGCAGUGGCAUCUGCAAAUCGGUGGAGAAGAUAAAGGAUGUUCAUGCAAGGUGUGGUGAGGGAGAUGGAGCUGUUUGGAGUGCUUUGUUCUGAAGAAACGAGAUGAAGGGUUGUUAAUGGUUUGAUUGGAGGGUUUUCUCCAAGGCCUAGCGAAAGUGACGAAAUCUCUUGAGAAACAAAGGUGGCGAGUGUGAAUUUAAACAGAAAAGCCUCGUUAUGAAUCUUAUCAGGAAACCAUGCCUGUUUGUUUUUUGGAGAGACAUUGGAAAAGCGGACCUGAAUGCUUGAGCAUGAAGAUGAGUUUCAAGAUGGUGGAUUGCUUUGAUGAGAUGUGUAGAUUUUAGAGGUGGGUGUUUCUGUAUUUAGCUUUUGUUGGGUUUUGAGGGCAUUUUCAGUAUACAGUGAGAAAUUGAUUCUUUGGGCUAGUGGCUGGCGGUGUCUCUGACUGUUAGGUGUAAGAUGAAGGGGCCGUUUGGUAUCUCUAAUAACAAUAGCCUAUUUGCUUAUUCUUUAAAAAAAAAUAAGCUAUUAUUUUCGAAAUGGACUGUGGGAUAAAUCUAAGAUUUUAGGGCACCUUCAAUAUUCUUUUAUAAACUACUCAAAAAGCUCUCAAAAGAUAUGUGACGACGAGGUCAUCUUUUCUUUUAGACUUUAUUUAGCUUAAGCUGGUAGACACUUUUUUAUAUAAAAUUUUGGAUAAGUUUAUCCUUGAUCCUUUUAA